CCUUCCCCUUCCGAGCUCAUCAAAUCGCACAGCGUCACUCAGUGCGCGACUCUCGUUUCAGCUGCUCGCUCCGUCUCUCGUCUCUCUUGUCUCAGAGUACUGUUAUCUUUUGGCUCUUUACUUUGGGGUUGAUGUUUGGAGAUUUCUUAAAAGGCAUCCGCAUGCAGGCAGCUUAUGCUCGUACUUUCUCUUGUGUGGGUUGUCAUUCUCUUAGGCUAAGAAACUUGUGUUCUCUAUCAACAUCUUCUCGCCUUGUAGGAGCUGGGAACUUUCAGCAUAGAGAACAAUGUGAGGGCCAUACAAGAUUGGAUGGUUUUGAUAUUCUUAUUUCUAAAGCUAGCAAAGGUAGUAGCGAUGAUGAAAUUUUUCAGUCUCUUGUCAAUGACCGAGCAUGUGAUGGUAUAAAUGUGUCUCACGACCUAAUUGAGGUAUUGCUCCAUCGAUUUAAGGAUAAUUGGAAAUCUGCAUUUGGAAUUUUCAAAUGGGCUAGUUUGCAUUCUGGCUUUAGACACUCACCUGAAACAUAUGAUAUGAUGGUUGAUAUAUUAGGUAAAAUGAAGCAAUGGGGCAAGGUGAGGGAUCUCCUAGAAGAAAUGAACCAGGGAAGUCUCAUCACUCUCAAUACUAUAGCUAAGGUAAUGAGAAGGUUUGCAGGUGCAGGGCAAUGGGAAGAUGCUGUUAGGAUAUUUGAUGAAAUAGAAACUCUUGGAUUGGAGAAAAACAUAGAGUCCUUGAACUUGUUGAUUGAUACCCUCUGCAAAGAGAACAAUGUGGAGCAAGCUCGUGCCAUCCUCCUGAAUCUGAAGCAGCACAUUUCACCAAAUGCUUACACGUUCAACAUUUUCAUUCAUGGAUGGUGCAAAGUUAGGCGUGUAGAUGAGGCACAUUGGACCAUCCUGGAGAUGAAAGGACAUGGCUUUUGUCCUAGUGUUAUAAGCUACACGACCAUUAUCCAAUGCUAUUGUCGAGAACAGAAUUUUAAUAGGGUUUAUGAGCUCCUUGAUGAAAUGCGAGCUCAAGAUUGCUGUCCAAAUGUGAUCACUUUUACAGGUAUCAUAUUUGCACUCGCAAAGGCAGAAAAAUUUGAGGAAGCUUUGCAAAUGGCUGAAAGGAUGAAAUCUCUUGGAUGUAGGCCUGAUGUACUUUUCUACAAUUCCUUGAUUUAUACGCUGGGCAGAGCAGGCAGAGUAUAUGAUGCCACUUAUGUAUUCAAAGUGGAGAUGCAUAGUGCUGGUCUUACCCCAAAUACUUGCACCUAUAAUACAAUGAUUUCCAUGUUUUGUGAUCAUGCACAACAAAUUAAGGCCUUUGAACUGCUCAAGGAGAUGGAAGAUUCAGGACUUUGUAAGCCUAAUACUCAGUCUUACCAUCCAUUGAUCAAAUCAUGCUUUAAAGCUGGAAUCAUAGACAGUUGUUUGAAUGAUAUACUGGAUUACAUGGUCGAUAGGCAUAAUCUUUGUCUUGAUAUUUCUACAUACACACUUAUAAUUCAUGGGCUUUGUAGAGCAGGAAAAUGUGAGUGGGCUUACUCAAUAUUUGAGGAGAUGAUUGAUCGUGGCUUAGUGCCUAGACACAGAACUUGCCGUUUAUUGUUGGAGGAAGUUAAACUGAAAAAUAUGUAUGAAGCUGCUGAGAAAAUUGAAGAUGUCAUGAAGAAACUUUAAUGAGUUUCACUUUUUGUU